AUGCACCUCCCAUCCCUUCUCUCCCUUGGUGUAUUGGCUGGCAUGAGUGUCGCCAGUCCUUCUGGCUGUGGCAAAGAUAUGCCGUCCAAGUUCCCCAACCCUGGUGAAAGCAAGACCCUGCGUCUGCCAAAUACCGAUCGUGAAUACCAGCUCUUCAUCCCGGCCAACUACGACAAAAACAAGCCAACGCCGCUGUACUUCUCUUUCCAUGGUGCAUCCCGGGAUAUGCUUGAAGAAGAAUCACUAUCGCAAUUCUCCAACCCAGAGUUCAACCCCAAUGGCAUUGCAAUCUAUCCCAACAGCAAGAAUGGCUACUGGCUGUCCAACCCCAGCGCUGAUGCCUCGCGCCCGAAUGAUUUGGACUUUACCAAUGAUCUCUUGACCCAUAUGGAAGAGAAACUCUGCAUUGACACUCGGCGAGUCUAUGCGGCCGGCAAGUCAAAUGGCGGAGGCUUUACCGGCGUGAUCGCGUGCAAUGCCACCGUUGGUAGCCGCUUCGCUGCGUUUGCUGCUGUGAGCGGUGCCUGGUAUAACACCGACGAUAUCCCCGGUGUAGGCCCCUGUGCACCCGCGAAGCGUGAAGAAGGAUACCCGUUUCUUGAAUUCCAUGGCACUAUCGACACCACCGCUCCCAUUGACGGCAACACAAAGGAACACCCCAAGCUCCCGGUCAUCGAUAUCCUCGACGGUUGGGCGGAACGCAAUGGAUGUGGCGCGAAUGCCGAGUGGGCUAAGAAUGAGACCGUUUUCCAGCAGCCUCUCGUCAAGCAUGCCAGUUGGGAUUGCGCUGGUAAGACUGGUAUUGUGCAGCACUAUCGUGAGGGAGACAAUGGUCACUGUUGGCCCUCCACGUUGGGCAAUGAUGAUUAUGAGAGAUUGGCUUCUCAGUGUCCCUUGGGCAAGUAUGUCUUCAACGCCACCGAGUAUAUAUUUGAUUUCUUUGGCCAGUAUCAUUUGAGCAACUGA